AUGGCUGUAGCUGGAGGAAACGAAACGACUCCACAACGCAUGUUGCGAAUGACUGACAUUAUCAAUGAACCUCUCGAGUUCCUGGCCCCUAUUAGUGGUUAUGCUGAAAUGCCACUAGUGUCACUCGAACAAGCGUUAGAACCCUUGGUCUCUAUUCUACCAGAAGUGCAAAGUCAUGUCUAUGUGGCCAAACAAAGAUGCAAGAAACCUGCUGAUAACUUAACACAAGAUGAAUCCGCUUCGAUUAUGCUCUAUACAAUGUCAUGGGAGCCACUAGAAGAAUGCUUGUACAAUGUUCUCAAUCAAACAUUACGAUCAGCAAAUCGACAACAAAAGCUAAAACCAUGGUAUUCUUAUUUGAGACUUUUUCUCAAUGCAUUACUUCGACUUCCACCACUCAACGAAACUAUCUACAGAGGUGUAAAACUAAACAUGAGUGAUCGAUAUAUAAAGGGUGAAACAGUUGUUUGGUGGGGUUUCUCAUCAUCUACCAGUCAUGUCGAAGUUCUUCAAUCAGAUCUGUUUUUGGGUAAAACAGGUGCUAGAACUAUCUUCACUAUAAAAUGUGAAUCAGCAAGAGACAUUCGCAAACACUCUUAUUUUCCAGAAGAAAGCGAAGUAUUGGUUCUUGCUGCCACACAGUUCGAAGUGAUGAGCUGUCUCGACCAGGGUGAUCUUCGUAUAAUCCAACUGAAAGAAACUCGACCACCACAUGCACUAAUGCAGUUGCCACCAGUUGUUGGUUCUUUACUACAAAGUUCACCAUCAGCAGCUUCAGUUCCCAAAGAAAAUGCAAGCAGCACCGCCAAUAAAACCACAGCUCCACCAACAGCAGAAUCGUGCCAUAAACUGGUAUCCAAACCUGUAUAUCGCAAUGCACAUCUGGAACAACAAAUUGCUAAUCAAAAGGGCAAAACUAAAUUAGACUUACGCGGUAAUAGUCUGACCAAUAAAGAUAUGGAAAUCGUAGCUUACUACGCAAUACAAGAAAACAAUACACUCACCACACUCAACCUCUCGUGGAAUAAAAUCGGCGACGCGGGUGCCCAAUACGUGAGUGAUGCACUUCGACACAACACCACACUCACCGUACUCGACCUCUACGACAAUGAAAUCGGCGACGCGGGUGCCCAAUACGUGAGUGAUGCACUUCGACACAACACCACACUCACCACACUCCACCUCUCUAGAAAUCAAAUCGGCGAGAAGGGUGCCCAAUACGUGAGUGAUGCACUUCGACACAACACCACACUCACCACACUCUACCUCUCUAGAAAUCAAAUCGGCGACGCGGGUGCCCAAUACGUGAGUGAUGCACUUCGACACAACACCACACUCACCAUACUCAACCUCUCGUGGAAUGAAAUCGGCGACGCGGGUGCCCAAUACGUGAGUGAUGCACUUCGACACAACACCACACUCACCGCACUCGACCUCUCGCGGAAUAAAAUCGGCGACGCGGGUGCCCAAUACGUGAGUGAUGCACUUCGACACAACACCACACUCACCGCACUCUACCUCUCCUUCAAUCAAAUCGGCGACGCGGGUGCCCAAUACGUGAGUGAUGCACUUCGACACAACACUACACUCACCACACUCGUACUCGGAAGCAACAAAAUCGGCGAGAAGGGUGCCCAAGACUUAAGAAGCGCGAGUGAGCGCAACGGAAACUUGGAAUUAUUUUUUUAG